AAGCAAGUGAAAAUCCAAAAUGGCGGACAGCGCGAAUGUUGCCACAAAAGUAAUUGAAGAAGUUGAGAGAGAAGAAGUGACUGAAACAUCAGAAGAACCUUUAGAGAAUGUUGAAUAUGAAGUUGAAGAGAUACUCGAUCAUGGAACUGAAAAGGGGAAGGAUUUGUACUUCGUAAAAUGGAAAGGCUAUCCGCCGGAGGAUAACACUUGGGAACCGAAAUCUAAUUUAAACAACUGCACCAAACUUCUAAAAAGGUAUCACAAGAGGCUGAGAGAAAAGAAAUCCAAUGGCGCUGAUAUUACCAAAAAGCGCCACCUUUCCAAUGAAAAUCUCAAGGAGAGUAAAAAGAAAAAAAUGAAAGUGACUCGCAGCUUGUCUGAUCCAAGUUUGACUGAUGAAGAGCGGAGAAGUUUACAUAAAAAGCUACUGAGACGGUGGGAGAAUGAAUUAAAUAAUAAAUGCUCUGACCCAGCAUCAGUUAAAGUUAUUAAUAGGGUGGAUUUAGAAGGACCUCCUCAAAACUUUAUGUACAUUAAUGAAUAUAUUCCGGGACCUGGAAUUCUUAUUCCAAAUGAUCCGCUCAUAGGCUGUGAAUGCACAAAUUGUUUUGAAAACUCUGAGAGCUGUUGUCCUACUCUCCCUGGAGCUAAGUUUGCCUAUAAUAGGUAUGGUCGUAUCAGGGUUCCUCCUGGCAAGCCAGUGUUUGAGUGCAACAGGAGAUGUAAAUGUGGUCCGAAAUGUCCAAAUAGAGUUGUCCAAGCUGGAAGGAAAUGUCGAGUUUGUAUAUUCAAGACUGCCAACGGUUGUGGAUGGGGAGUGAAAACUCUGGAUGAUAUCAAGAGGAAUUCAUUUGUUAUGGAGUAUGUAGGAGAGGUCAUUAGCAAUGAAGAAGCUGAAAGAAGAGGUAAAAUAUACGAUUCCAACGGUAGAACAUAUCUUUUUGAUCUUGACUACGAUAGCAACCAAGAUUGUGCCUUUGUUGUUGAUGCUGGUUUCUAUGGAAAUGUUUCUCAUUUUGUCAACCAUUCAUGUGAUCCAAAUAUGGUAGUUUAUGGAGUUUGGAUU